CCCUUCAUGUUCUUCUAAAGCUCUCAACCAGCAUCGCAUUGACCCGAACUACCUUGUCACCACACUUACCGAAUCUAAGCAAUCUUUUUAUCGGUUGUACAAAAUCUCCUAAAAACAACUAGGAUAUUACAAAAGGCUUCAACAAUCAUGUCUCUUCCAUCAACUUUCCAGGGCGCUGAAGUGCCUGAGCCAAAAGCCCAGCUAGCCAUUGCACAACGCAGCCUAUCUGAUUUGAAACCCAAUGAAGUGGGUAUCAAGAUCACUGCCACAGCCAUCAACCCCGUCGACUACAAGAUACGCGAUUACGCUGUUUUCAUCCAGAAAUACCCUGCAGUCCUCGGUUCCGAUGCAGCAGGUGUAGUAGCCGCUGUCGGUUCUGAAGUCAAAGACUUGCAGAUCGGCGAGCGUGUGUUCUUCCAAGGUAUCAUUGGAAACUACGAAUCAUCAACAUUCCAGCAGUAUUGCAAGAUGCCUGCUGAGCUAUUGUCGAAGACACCCGACAACAUCAGCGAUGAGGAGGCCGCAGGUAUCAUGCUAACAACCGUAGCUGUCACGACUGCCUUUUACGCCAAAUCAGGGCACGGCAUGACACCACCGUGGCAGGAAGGAGGUCGAAAUGUUGGAAAGGGAAAAUCCAUGAUCAUCAUCGGCGGAGCGUCUUCUGUGGGACAAUAUGCCAUUCAACUGGCUCGUCUAUCAGGCUUCGAGCGGAUCGUCACAAAUGCCAGUUCCAGCAACCACGAGUUUCUCAAAAAGAUUGGCGCCCAUGUCGUUUUGGAUCGUUCCGAGUCCACUCCGGAUGCGCUUUUCGAAGCAGCAGGAGGACUCCCCUUCGACUUUAUCUUCGAUGCAAUUUCCGGUCCCUCCACACAGAAGCUUGCGAUACAAGUUCUCCAGAAAGCAAAGGUGUCUGGAAGCCAUGUAGUCGUUGUUCAAUCCCCCGACCCUGAAGCCAAGGAACUGGGUCAAAGUGGAGAGCCUCGCAUUGAAAUCAAGCCUGUUAUGGGGUUGGGAAGUUCCCCAGACCUACGACAUUUGAGUGAGCCUCUUGCCAAAUCUCUGGGCGGACCCGAUGGGUACAUCGCGAAGGGGCUGUUUACGCCGAACCGGCCGCAUGUGGUUUCUGGAGGGCUUGCCGGACUCGAGGAGGCUUUUUCUUUGAGCAAGAGCGGAGUAUCUGGUAAAAAGCUUGUCAUUCGUCCCCAUGAAACGAAGUGAGUUAGGUUAGUCUGCUUAACAGUUGUUUGAAUGUAACCAUCUAUGUAACAAUAUCCAAUCCCAAAAAAAAUGUAUCAUAUUAGCAAGAACGCACACGCAUGAUUGAAAAAGAGAAUUCAAAGAGUAAGGCUUGUAUUUAUACCAACUACCACAUUUGUAUCCGCUUGCAAUCCGUAGCAACAAGCGGAGCAGAGCUGGGCAACCGCACCAUUUAUGUGAUUGCAAUGUUUCUAUAUACAUGAGGUAAUGGGCU